AUGCCGACGGUGCGGCGGCGGAACCCGGACGUGCACGUGAAGGCGCUGGAGGGCAUCGUGUCGGCCAACACCUUCCUCACGGUGGCCGUCUUCAUCGGCAUCACGGGGACCAUCACGGCCUCCUCCACCGUCCCGCGGAACUGCGUCGCCGGGGACGACAUCGCCCGCAACUUCUUCCUCUUCGAGAUCCUCUCCUUCGGCUUCUACCUGCUGUCCAGCCUGGUGGCGCAGGGCAUGAAGCUCUCCGUCACGCUGCUGGCCGCCGGCGACGACUUCUACGGCGACGGCGAGCAGAAGCCGGUCAUGACGGACGACUGCGAGGAGAUGCCGGCGUGGCGCGCCGCGGGCCCCCGGGAGCGGCGCCGCGCCGUGCUGCGGUACGCGCGGCCCAUGAUGCUGCUGGCCGCCGCCUGCUCCAUCAUGGGCACCUUCUUCCUGCUGCUCUCCAUGAUCGACGCCAUCCAGCUCAAGUUCGGGAUCCUGUCCUGCAACAUCCCGCUCGCCGUCGGCGCCACCUUCGCGCUCUCCGUGCUCGCCGUCUCCGGCCUGCUCUUCUACGGCUGCACCGUCGGAUACGCGCUCUACAACUACCUGCCGUGA